AUGGUCCCUUCUUCGAUUUAUAAUAUUUCCUCCAUAGAAAUUUUCAGUGUUGUUAGCAACCAGUUGCAUGGAGAGCUACCACCAAAUCUCGGCACUAUGCUUCCUAAUCUCGUACAAUUUUAUUGCGGUGCGAACAAAUUCGAAGGAAACAUUCCUAUAUCAUUGUCAAAUGCUUCUAGACUUCAGGUGCUUGAACUUCCUCAAAAUGACCUCUCUGGGACAGUCCCUGGUGAAAGUCUAGGAAGCUUGCAAAGCUUAGUUCUGCUAAACAUUGCAGAUAAUCAAUUAGGAAAUAGAAAAGUUGGAUCCAUAGCCAACUUUUCGACCCAACUUAAUUAUCUCACAUUGGGGGAAAAUUUUAUACAUGGAAACCUCCCUAACGGAAUUGGAAACCUUAUAAACUUGACCACUCUAGAAUUAGGAAAUAACUAUUUGGGCGGUAGUGUCCCACAUGAAAUUGGGAAGCUAGAGAAGUUAGAGAAAUUGUAUUUGGAUAGUAACAUAUUUUCUGGGUCAAUCCCGUCUUCCCUUGGUAACAUGACUUCAUUGUUAAACCUCUACAUGGGGGGAAACAGCCUCGACGAUUGUGCUAGUUUGGAGUGCUUGUAUUUGCAAGGUAAUAAGUUUCAAGGAACAAUUCCUCAAUCUCUUAAAGAUUUAAAAGCCUUGGAAAAACUUGAUGUUUCAAGCAACAACUUGUAUGGGCAGAUUCCUGAAUUCAUAGGCAAGUUUGGUGUUCUCAAGUAUCUCAAUCUUUCAUAUAAUGAUUUUGAGGGCGAGUUGCCCAAAGAAGGUAUUUUUACAAAUGUAAAUGGUGUCUCUAUUCUUGGAAAUCAUAAGCUCUGUGGUGGCAUCCCACAAUUAUAUCUACCUCCAUGCCCCCCAAAAAAACACCACUCAUCUCGAGGAUUACAUUCCCCAAAAGUAGUCAUCCCCAUAGCCUGUGUACUUGGAAUCAUAAUUGCCUUAAAAGUAGUCAUCCCCAUAGCCUGUGUACUUGGAAUCAUAAUUGCCUUAUCUUGCUUCUUUGGUGCUUGUUCAAAGCUAAAAAAGUCAAGAGAUAGACUUGCAACUUCACGUUCUUAUAAGGAUUGGAAAUUAGGUGUCUCAUACUCACAACUCGUUGAAUCAACUAACGGGUUCUCUGUGGAUAAUCUUAUUGGUUUGGGAAGUUUUGGUUCUGUAUAUAAAGGGGUAAUUCCUAGUGAUGGAACAACAGUUGUUGUUAAGGUAUUAAACCUUCAACAACAAAGAGCUUCCAAGAGUUUCAUAGAUGAAUGGAAAGCUUUAAGGACUAUAAGGCACCGUAGUCUUCUCAAGAUCAUAACUGCAUGCUCGAGCAUUGAUAACCAGGGCAAGGACUUUAAAAGUCUAGUUUUCGAGUUGAUGGCAAAUGGAAGUCUAGACUCAAUGUUGUAUCCAAGAUAUGAGGAGAAAUCUCCAAGUAAAAGAAUGAGUUUUAUGCAAAGAUUGAACAUUGUCAUUGAUGUUGCUUCUGCGCUAGAUUAUCUCCACCACCAUUGUGAAAUGACCAUUAUUCAUUGUGAUUUAAAGCCGAGCAAUGUACUUCUUGAUGAAGAUAUGGUAGCUCAUGUUGGGGAUUUUGGUUUAGCAAGUCAAUUGCAUACGACAUAUUGUAUGUAUGUCCUGGCAAAGUACGGCACAGGAGGCCAAGUUUCCAUACUUGGAGAUGUUUACAGCUAUGGGAUACUAUUGCUGGAAAUGUUCACAAGAAAAAAACCUACCGAUGACAUGUUUAAAGGCGGUCUAAGCAUUUACCAAUUUGUAGCCAUGGCUUUGCCUGACCAUGUCAUGGACGUUGUUGACCAUUCAAUUAUCCUCGACCUCGAAAAAAAUGGUGAUGUCAACAAUGACAUAGUGCGAGAACGAACUCCAUCCAGACGUAACAAUGAUGCAGAUAGGACUCUCUUGCUGUGCAAUGUUACCAAGGGAGCGGAUACUGAUGGACGCGGUUGUCAGAAAAAUGAGCGCAAUCAAAGUCUCAAUUUUAAUGAUUAG